AUGCUCAUCGCCAUCAACUCCAUCCUGCUACUCAUACUUGUCGGAGCAGUUCUUGUACUCUAUUCUACCCAGCGUUCGUCACAACAACAGUCGCUUCUGGAUACCAUAAACACAAAUUCUUUGUUAGAAAAGGCAUCAGGAUAUUCUCCUGUCUUUGAUCGGUAUACCUUUUCCUUGGAGCAGGUCUUCCAGGAAAACCAACUCUUCAGCGACGACGUCCUUCGCCAACGGCCGAACAAUGCAACCGAACAGGCCUGGCAUGAGCUUUCGAAACUAUCUACAAUAACUAUCACUGCAGAUGAGGUGCGGAAACUUGGCCAAGACCCGGCCAAGGUAACUCAUAUGCCAGGAGAUCCCAAUUCGUUUCCUGCGAUGCUCUCUGUCACACACCAGCUGCAUUGCAUCAACCACCUAAGGAUGGGGUUGGAAGGUCCUCAUUACCUUAAAGGCAAGGAGAGAUCCCGCCAUGACUGGGAACACCUCUAUCACUGCUUGCACUUCCUCACCCAAAUAGCGACUUGCCACUCAGAUGUCGACCUUAUCCUCUGGCACUGGUAUGAGAAUAUGAUACAGCCGCAGCCCGAGUUUAGCGGAGAUUUCCAGUGUCGCAACUUUGAUGGUCUCAAAUCAUGGGUGGAUAGCGUUGGAUUCCCCACACAAGAUGUUUGGUACUUCAAGCGUGAAGGUGGCGAACAAGACCUACCCGUCGAUCCUGCGUACCUCGAAUAUUUGAGGCAGCAUCCCGAGGAGUACAACACCAACUCGGAGGAGGAUUGA